GUUUUUGAAACAGGGACAGAGAGACCUUUGCCCCGCUUUUAGUCAGGAAAAACAAGAGGAGUAUAAAUAGGAGGAGCCGUGUGGGAGCGGGUUGUUUUUGUCAGAACCAGCUCAGAAAGUAUCGCUGCUGAAGACUCUCAAGUAAAACAAGUUAGUGGGUUUGUUUGUUUGGAGUCAUGUGGAAGGCGCUCAGCCUUACCUUGGCUCUCUGCCUGCUGGCGGGUUGCAGUGCAGAGAGCGAGACUGAUGGAGCCCGCUGUAAACUUCCUCCUGUGUGGAAGAUCGGGGAGGUUGAGCCCAUGAAGAACGCUCUUGGACAUGUGACAGUGGUGGCUUACCUACAGGCCAGCUGACUGUUCUGCUUGGAGCAAGCAUCAAAGUUCAAUGACUUGCUCCUGAAGUUGGAGAAACAAGGUUAUGUAAAUAUAACCUACAUGGUGGUAAACAACCGAGAUGAACGGUCCCAAAACCUGCACCACUUGCUCAAUGAAAGGCUGAUAAAUAUCACCCUUUACGCCCAAGACCUCAGCCAGCCGGAUGUCUGGCAGACAGUGAAUGCUGAGAAGGAUGACAUUUUGGUCUACGACAGGUGUGGCCGACUCACUUACCAUCUGUCUCUUCCCUACACCAUCCUGAGCCACCCACAUGUGGAGGAGGCUAUAACACAUACCUAUUGUGAUGGUAUUUGUGGAGAGUGCAACGUAGAGAGUUCACUGCAACUUGAAGAGUGCAAGAAAACCACAGAUGUGAAUACACCAACAGAGGAAGAACAGCAUCACAGUCAUCAUGGUCAUCAUGAACAUGGUCAUCACGAGCAUCACCACGGCAGUGCAGAAAGGCAUAGGCAUGGUGGCCAUCAUCACCACCACCACCACCACCACCACCACCACGGCCAGCAACAGGUUGAUGUGGGUCAGCAGAUCCUGACCCAGAUUGACUUUGGUCAGGUAGCCGUUGAAAAACCAGUCAUGAAACGGCCUUGAGCUAAGCACACUAGGUGAAAAGUCCAGUACAGCUGACAGCAGGGGGCAGAUUCUCCUGUCACCAGCUGAUGCUGACACUGACGACAGCUCUUUCACGGGGAGGGCAAUGGGCGCGUGGCAGGCCUCUGACACUGUGAGGAGGCUCUUCCAGCCUCCUGACGCUGACAGGGUCUGAAGGUGCAGGACAACAACAUCAGGGAGACCUGACAGUGACGUCCCGCCCCCCCAGCUGAAUGAGAGCUGUCGCAAACAACCUGAGCCUGACCAGCAGGGGAUGCGAGUUGAGUAUGACAAGAGAAGUAAACAGGGCCGUUGCCUUUGUUAGAUCAUUUAUAGCUUCACGUAAACAUCAGCGAGCCCCGCACUGCUGGUCAGCGCUACCAACUAGUAUUUACACCUCAGCAUUUGGCAGCACUGGACCUUUACAUCCCAUUCUGAACAAUUCGCAAAUUGGUUAAGGAAGUUAAACAAUUCAGGAAGAUCUAAAUGACCUCAUGUGCACUAGUUUUGGAUAUUUUUCUGGUUAAAUCUGUAAUAUAACUAACAAAACGAUCUGACUUUAAUGGGUCCAGUGUGUGUUUUCUUCUGAGAGUGUGUUAGGUUCGUCAUGUUAGUGUCUUUUCACCUCUAGAUGCUUUAUGUGGCCUUUAUGAAGGCAGGUGCGGAAACUAUGCUCUAGUGGUGCCUGUCUGAUGUUAGGCCAUACAGAGGAGAGGGCAAAGAUCAUGUAACAUCAUGUAACCUUUGCUAUACCCAAUCGAAGCUACUAUAUGAAGGUCUGGGGUAUUAAAAUCUUUUUUUUUUUUUUUCAUUCUUCUGAUAUUCAAAAAGAUGUUUUAGUUUUGUUGUGUGGAGAUAGAGGUGGUAAAGUAGGCAGAGAGAUUCUGAUCAUGAGAGUUUUAAACACUGUUGAGUUAUUUCAUUUAAGGGUAAUGGAGCACUCGAUCUAUAUCUGUUUUAUUCUAGUUACUAGCACAAAUGUUGUAAAAUGUAUUUCACGCUCGACAUUACAAAAAGGUUAAUGGAUAAUAGGGAAAUUUAUAAAAUUUAACUUUUACUACACAUUUAUUAGAGAAGAGUUUGUAUCCAAGGGAGUAACUGGAAAAAGGUUAGGUCAUUGUUAUCUUGGGAAGGAUUGUUUGAAACAUUUUACAUACUUAAUGAAGGUUUUCUGGAAAAUCUAUAGCAUUACCUGGAAGACCCGAGAAAUUGUAUGAAAACAAUGUUUGCUGUGGUGCCAACGACAUAUGAAUGUGAAAGCAAGUGAAAUGUAAGAGGGAAAAAAACAUGUUACUCAGAUAAAAUCAAAUAAAGUUAAAAAAAAAAAAAAAA